GUGGCAGUGUCAGGGAGUGGCAGUGGCAGUGGCAGUGGCAGUGGCAGUGGCAGCAGUAGCGCCCAGGCUACGAAUUGUGAAAAAAUGUGUGGAGUUUCCUCAAGGAGUCUUGCUGGAACCCGCAUCGUUGGAGGAAGCGAAGCUUCCCAGGGCGCCUAUCCGUGGCUAGUCUUAGUUCGGGUUUAUGACGUGGGAUCUGUUAUGGAGUGCGGUGGAAGCAUCGUCACCAAACAGCAUGUGGUCACGGCAGCUCAUUGCUUCGAAUUUAGUGGAAUCAAAGAGGUGGUAAUCACGGCUGGAGAGCAUAAUCUAGACAGCUCCACUGAAGCUGUCACCCAAGUCAUAACUGCCAAAGAUUACUUUCAGCACCCUAAAUAUGAUUCUAUAAAUCAGAUGAAUGACAUUGCCAUUGCUGUUCUGAAGAAACCCCUGAAGUGGACAAAAAACGUGAAGCCCAUUUGCCUCCCAACCCAGACUAACUUCGAUGGAAAAGUGGCCCGCGUCGCCGGUUGGGGAACUCUCAGCUACUCGGGAACACUUCCAAGCACACUGCAGGAAGUGGCCGUGAAAGUUCAGCCUCUUGGGAAGUGCAAGAAGUCGUACUCUAAGGCGUCCUUCACUGUCAAAACUACCAACAUCUGUGCUGCUUCUCCUGGAAAGGAUGCCUGUCAGGGAGACUCCGGCGGUCCUCUAAUGAUCCUUACAGGCAAAACUUGGUCAAUGAUUGGAAUCGUGAGCUUUGGCAUAGGCUGUGCUGAAGUUGGCUACCCCGGCGUUUACACAAGAGUCUCUUCUUACAAGCAGUGGAUCCUAGACUCUGUGUCAUCGGGUUCCUGUCGAUAGCCAACAGUAUCCUGUCUUGCUGACGUUGAUUUUGUGAUGAAGAAUAUCUAAAUUAUAAGUUUUAGGCAUUAUUGCAACUGUAAAAAAUUUUUCAGGUGGGCAAAUGGCUCGAAAUAUUUUGCAAGGGAAUAUUACGUAGUUCUUAGAAAGGGUUUCUGAGGUGAAUUUAUGAUCUAAUUCUAAUGCUUUUCUUUGAUGAUUCUAAUGAAAAUCGUAUUUGUGAACUGACGUCCUUCAGUUAUAUUUGCUACGGGUUUGACAAACUGGUAUACAAUUUGUUAUAUGUUGUCACUUCAGAUGCUAAUUCUUUUAUUUAUUUAUUCAUAUAUUUAUUUAUUUAUUUCUGGAUUUAUAUAGAACGUCAUAAAUUUUUCAACAUGAAUCUUACAAGCUGUUGACUAGUUAUGGCUUUAGGAAUAAUUCCGUCUCAGUUUUGGUCCUUAAUUUCCUCAUUUAUGGUACCAGUAUUUCUGAAUUUAUAAAUAAUGCAAGUGCAUGCCCAAGAGUUAAUCGUUACGAGUUAAAUGACAAAACCACCAACGGGUAUAAUAUGGUUUUUAAUAGUAACACUUUAAAACUGCCAGUUCAUUCAAGUUCAGUUCAUUCCAGUUCAUUUUUCGAAGAUUCUGUCCUCCAGCCAAAACUUUCAGAUGCCGAGCGCUUUUUUCUAGUGUUCCUCCCUACGAGAGCAUUAAUUGAUGUAAUCCUUCAAUUGUAAAAAUUAAAAGCCUAUGUGAAUUUUCUACUUUUUUUGGACGAUAGGUAAAAUCAGUCUUUUAAACUGUAAUAACUACGUUUUUUCUGUAGUUAUGUCACUUCAAAAGUUUCAUGCCAUUUCAAUUUCAGUGUUGCAAUGGCAACUCCUGGGAUAGCCUUAAUGAUAGACUUAUUUUGUAGAAAGACAUUCAUGUAUAAAUAGACAGAGAAAAUUUCUUUGAGUUUUAAUUCAGAUUUUGUGAAAAGAUACAUUUUACUGAUAUGAUUGUUAUUUAUAAAAGUAAACUUCUGGCAAAUAUAUCAAAAGAAACUGCCUUGCUUGCAGUGAAGCCAAAAUUUGCCUAAAGGUAGAUCAAAGAAAUAAUGAUUCUCCCGUUUCUUUGUAAAUCCAUAAGGUAUUCAUUUGCUUUUUUCAUAAUCCUGAUAUAUGCCUGUGAUACUCUCCUGUGCUCAUUUUUUAUUCAACAAAGUUAAAUAUAAAGUAUUUACCAUAUAUGGUCAAACAUCUCCAGGACGGGAGAUUCAAUAAGGAAAGAUAAACAUUUGUGAGAAUAUGCUCUCUGUAGUACCAGGAUUUUAGUCCCUCCUAAUUCUUUAAAAAUAGGGUGAAAAAUACAACAUUAUAUUUUUGAAAAAUAUAAUCAGACACAUUAGACAGAGUUCAGGUAUUUGUACUAUCCAGAACAAAUAUGGCAAAAUAAAUAAGGCUAUUUACAUACGUAACUGCAGGAGGCUUCUUUUUUUUCGUCAGGUACAAAAACAUUCGUAGAGGGAUGUGUAUAAAACUGUGUUGUGCAUAUCACUGUUUAGCUAAUCUACGCUUCGUAAUGAAAACACUCUGUUCAGAAUUUUGAGUCUCGGGAACUGAGUAUCGUAGUAUACGACGUGCGCUCAUGAUAUAAUCAAGGAAAACGACCUGUCUUCAAGAAAAAUCAAAACAAUCACUUACAAACAAUAGCAUAAUAUUUGGUCUUAUUACAAUUGUGAUAUUUCAACCCGUCAAUGACGAGAAGUCCACUUCAGAUUCCACUUCUUUCAAUACUAGAAAUAAUUUACCUUAAUAUAUGACCCAUAGAUAUUCGCAUUCACUUAAUCAUUUUUAUUCAUCAUUUUUAUUCUUCAGAAUCUUUUUCAGAUUAAUGAACAGCAAAAUUAUGAAAAAAAUUAUUAAAUUUUCUCAUGCGGGAAAUUUUAAUCAAAUUUGUACGUCCACCAGUUGAGUGACCUCACAGAUGUGAAUGCCUUCGCGCUCAUGGUUUUACAAUUCUUGAAAAUAUCGGAGGCACCAAAAAUAUAUAAAAAAAAGGACAAAAAAACAUUAUUUUACUAAAUUUGUGAAAACUACUGAUAGAACUUGUUUGUUUCUCUAUGUUUUAAAGUGUGAAGAAUCAUAAUAAAAAGGCAUGUGCUUUUCAA